AUGUCAACUCUAGUUGACCCUGCUCAAUCUCGCCAUCCGUCCGGCAUGGAGCCACUCCCGAGAGCAGAUUCGAUCAACCCAUUCUCGCUGGGCACCGGAUCCCUCGACGAGGAGGAGGGCCACGAGAUUCCCGUGCAUAGCCUCAAGGCCAAGUUCUUCUUCGACCGGCCUGCCGAAGACCUGAUUCCAGCUCGCUAUCUGCAGAUGGCCCAGGAUACGCAGAAAGUAUCAGCUGACGUUUCUUCCAUCAAAGCACUCGUUCAUGACAAGCCCUGGAUCUUCCGCAAUCCCGUACAAGACUUCCGCCGUGUCAACCUCAAGGCCUGGUGCAAGACUGAUACCCGAUAUCGAGGCGUUUUCAGGACCCUCCGUCGUGUUCCAAAAAUCGAGACGGGCUUGUGGGAUGGAGGUACUGAGGACUGCCAGGACGAGUUGGCUGAACACGACAGCCGUGCCCAGGCUCAGGUGGUCUACGCCCUGUUGAGUGAAAUUGACAGUAUGAUGGAUCUGAAGAAACUGAUGGCGGAUGGGCAAAGGGUUUUCUUCUUGAAGGUCCGGUUGUUGGUCUACCAGAUGGAAUAUUGGACAGGAUACCGUGAGAAGCACAAAGAUGGACCGGGGACAGAUGCAAUCAUCGCUCUCGAGUUCGACCCUGAACGUGACACCGUGAUACCAAUCCUGCCCAUCGCGGCCACAAAUUACCAAGAGCCUAUGGAAGAUGCCCUCGCCGACAGGUUUAAGCUGAUCCUUUCGCAACUCCUCCAACAUGUCAGACCACUCCCCGUCCCAGGCGACAAGAUCCCGGAUCAAGAGACCUUCCUAAUCGGUCAACAUGGCUCAAAACUUCAUAUCAUGCGCGCCUUUUUCCCAGGACACAAACUUUCGAGUCUCUGGUGCCGCCGCGAACUACCCUACACAGCACGCCUGAUCCCUCCCAUGCCCCCUGCAAGCCCGCCAAGCUCAUCUUUAUCCCUACCAGAUGGAACGGCCGCACACAUUGAGAACCGCGACGAGAACGAGGCCUCGCACGUCGGGACAGCCAGCACUACCGAUGCCACUCGCAGUCGCAGUAACAGCAACCGAUCCUACGCAGCCGAGAACAUCGAGCGCGUCCAGCAGCACAUCGAAUCCACCAGGCUCAGCAUGCUGGAUAAUGAGCUCGACACCCGGACAUUCCGGGUCCUCUGUACACGCGAGUACGACCUCUGGGUUGAAAAAGACUUUUCUGAAGCCGUGAACGCCCUCGUUGCGCUGCAGCUGUAUCUACUCAGCGGCACCGCGCGCUGUGGACCCCUACAAGCCGUCUUCAACAAGCCCCCGUUCCCACCAGAUGAUUCCGGAUCUGGCUAUGCGGACGAGGAGAAUGAGUUCGACGAAGAGGAAGACGGAUUUAAUCUCGAAACCGAUGACGUUGAGACCCUGCGCGCUAAACUCGUGCACCAGCUAGAUGCUCUUCGAAGUGCAUGGCGGGAACGGAAUGCCGAGUUGGCGCAGGAGGAGGAGGAAUCUCGACGUGAGGAGAUGGAUAGUCGACGCGAGGACUAUGGAAUGAUGGGUCAUUCGGUGGUGGUACAAGAGCUGAGGGCUCUGCGCAUGAGUGCUGUGCGGGAGUUGAGGCGGUCGUGGUGGGAUUUUGUUUGGGAGGAUUUGGAUGGGGAGCGGUUGGAGAUGAUUGAAGGGCUGGAGGUUUCUGACGAUGAAGAUGAGGAGUGUGAGGGAGAAAGUGCUGAAAAGGGGGACGAGGAAGAUGUUUCUAGGUCGGAGAUGGACCUGUGCAUUCGAGAUUGA